UGGGCCAAAAAAACUUUCAUUUUCCUUUUUCCCUUUUCCCUAAAACCCUCACUCUUUUGCCUGCACUUUGGCUGGGUUCCAUUAAAACCCUUGGAGCAGAGCUCUGAAGUAGAAACUGCAAACGAGCAAUCGGCCUGAAAAUUUGGGCUUCAAAUCGGGAAAAGAAAUCAUAUUGCAUUGUUUUGACUCCCAUCCUUGCUCCUGCUACAAUCUCAUUAUUUCUGUCUUUGUUCAGCUGGAAAAUUAAUUGGCAGGAGGUAUGGGUUAUGAUUCUACCAUGUCCAAUACGACAGAGGACUCAAACCAGGGAAUUGACAAGCAGCACCUUGCUUCUCCCAUUAAGAAUUUGGUGGACAAGUAUCAACUUGUUCCAGAAUUCCUAAAGGUGAGAGGUUUGGUGAAGCAACACUUGGACUCCUUCAAUUAUUUUGUUAGGACGGAAAUAAAGAAGAUUGUCCGAGCGAAUCAGGAGAUUAGAUCAAUAUUGGACCCCAAUAUUUAUCUUAGGUACAGGGAUGUCCACAUUGGUGAACCGUCAAUGGUUUUUGAUGCUGUAACUGAGAAAUUAUGUCCACAGAAAUGCCGACUAUCUGACCGUACCUAUGCGGCACCAAUUUAUGUCACCAUUGAAUACACGACUGGAAGUCAUGGGCAAACAUCAGUGUCAACAAAGAAGAAUGUUAUCAUUGGAAGGAUGCCAAUUAUGCUUAGAAGCAGUUGUUGCGUGCUAUAUGGUAAAGAUGAAGAUGAACUAGCAAGACUUGGAGAAUGCCCACUUGAUCCUGGAGGAUAUUUUGUAAUCAAAGGCACUGAGAAGGUAAUUUUAAUUCAAGAGCAGCUCUCGAAGAACAGGAUAAUCAUUGAUACAGAUAAAAAAGGUUCUGUACAAGCAUCUGUUACCAGCAGCACAGAAAAAACAAAGAGCAAAACAAUUAUAAAAAUGGAGAAAGAAAAGGUAUACUUAGAGUUGAAUAUGUUCAAAACCAAGGUCCCCAUAAUGGUUGUCAUGAAGGCCAUGGGAAUGGAGAGCGAUCAAGAGGUUGUGCAAAUGAUAGGAAGAGAUCCUCGGUUUAGUGCUCUGCUUUUGCCAUCAAUCGAGGAGUGUGCAGAUCUCAAGUUGUAUACACAACAUCAAGCACUGGAGUUCCUCGAGAGUGACAAGAUGCUUAAAAUGCCUUCAUAUUCUACUGGCCCAGUUGAGAAGGGAGCCCGAGCUUUGAGUAUUCUUCGUGACAUAUUUCUUGCAAAUGUUCCAGUCCAUCAACAUAAUUUCCGCAAAAAAUGCAUAUAUGUUGCAGUAAUGAUGAGGCGCAUGAUGGAAGCAAUCUUAAACAAGGAUGCAAUGGAUGACAAGGACUAUGUGGGGAACAAGAGAUUGGAGCUCUCCGGUCAGCUACUAUCUCUCCUUUUUGAAGAUUUGUUCAAGACGAUGAAUGAUGAAGCUAGGAGGACAAUCGAUACUCUUCUAGCCAGGCCAAGUCGCUCCAGCCGUUUGGACAUUUCUCAAUACAUAGUCAAAGAUAGUAUUACUAUGGGCCUGGAGAGAACCCUAUCUACAGGCAAUUGGGAUGUUAAACGAUUUAGGAUGCACAGGAAGGGUAUGACUCAGGUUGUUGCUAGGCUAUCAUACAUUGGAUCAUUGGGUCACAUGACAAAGAUCUCACCGCAAUUCGAAAAGUCUAGAAAAGUUAGUGGUCCUAGAGCACUGCAACCUAGCCAGUUUGGCAUGCUUUGCCCUUGUGACACACCAGAAGGUGAAGCUUGUGGAUUGGUGAAAAACUUGGCCUUGAUGACUCAUGUUACGACGGAUGAGGAUGAGCGCCCAAUCAUGUCUUUGUGCUACUGCUUGGGUGUUGAGGACUUGGAACAACUUUCGCCAGAAGAACUUCACAUGCCAACUUCCUAUCUUAUCACAUUAAAUGGACUUAUUCUAGGCAAGCACAAGAGUCCUCAGCGAUUUGCUAAUGCAAUGAGGAGGCUACGGAGGGCUGGUAAAAUUGGGGAGUUUGUAAGCAUUUUCGUGAACGAAAAGCAGCGCUGUGUCUACAUUGCUUCAGAUGGUGGACGUGUUUGUCGUCCGCUUGUCAUUGCUGACAAAGGUGUUUCCAGGAUCAAAGAGCACCACAUGAGAGAGUUGAGGGAUGGUGUGCGUGACUUCGACAGCUUUCUAAAGGAUGGUUUGAUAGAGUAUCUUGAUGUCAACGAGGAGAACAACACAUUGAUUGCUCUAUACGAAAAGGAGGCGACACCAGAGACAACACAUAUUGAGAUUGAGCCUUUCACAAUCUUAGGUGUUUGUGCUGGUUUGAUACCUUAUCCUCAUCACAAUCAGUCCCCCAGGAAUACCUAUCAGUGUGCUAUGGGUAAGCAAGCUAUGGGAAACAUUGCCUAUAACCAGUUGAAUCGGAUGGAUGGUUUGCUCUACCUUUUGGUGUAUCCUCAACGCCCUUUACUGACUACAAGAACGAUCGAGCUGGUUGGGUAUGAUAAACUAGGGGCUGGUCAGAAUGCGACUGUUGCUGUGAUGAGUUAUAGUGGCUAUGACAUUGAGGAUGCAAUAGUAAUGAACAAGUCUUCUUUAGAUCGAGGUUUUGGGCGUUGCAUAGUGAUGAAAAAAUAUUCAGCCAUAUGUCAGAAGUAUGAGAAUGGCACAUCGGAUAGAAUAAUUAAACCACAGCGUCAAGGAUUUGAAGCUGAUAAGAUGCAAAUUCUGGAUGAUGAUGGAAUGGCUGCUCCAGGAGAAACUAUUCGAAAUCAUGAUAUCUAUAUCAACAAGGAGUCCCCUACAGUCACGAGGACUCCAAUCACGUCUCCUAUGGGUUUGCCAGAUAGUGCAUACAAGACAAGUAGACAAACUUAUAAAGGUCCUGAAGGGGAGACAGCUGUUGUUGAUAGAGUGGCUCUUUAUUCUGAUAGAAACAACAAUUUAAGCAUCAAAUUUAUGAUCCGUCAUACCCGUAGGCCUGAGAUUGGUGACAAAUUUAGUAGUAGACAUGGGCAGAAAGGAGUCUGUGGCACCAUUGUACAACAGGAAGAUUUUCCAUUUUCUGAACGUGGCAUUUGCCCUGAUCUUAUUAUGAAUCCUCACGGAUUUCCAAGCCGAAUGACAGUGGGAAAGAUGAUUGAGCUCCUUGGAAGUAAAGCUGGAGUUUCAUGUGGUAGGUUUCAUUACGGGAGUGCUUUCGGAGAACCCAGUGGUCAUGCAGACACAGUUGAUUCUAUCAGUGAAACUCUGGUAAAGCAUGGAUUUAGCUACAAUGGCAAGGAUUUUAUUUAUUCAGGCAUUACUGGUAUGCCACUACAAGCAUACAUCUUCAUGGGGCCAAUAUAUUAUCAAAAGCUGAAACACAUGGUCCUAGAUAAAAUGCAUGCUCGUGGGAGUGGGCCUCGUGUUAUGAUGACAAGACAACCUACCGAAGGAAGGAGUAGAAAUGGAGGUUUACGUGUGGGAGAAAUGGAACGUGAUUGUUUGAUUGCAUAUGGUGCCAGUAUGUUGAUAUACGAGCGCUUGAUGAUUUCCAGUGACCCAUUCGAGGUUCAGGUUUGCCGAAAAUGUGGUUUAUUGGGGUAUUACAACUACAAGCUGAAGACUGGCAUUUGUUCUAUGUGCAAGAACGGGGAAAAUAUAUCUACGAUGAAGUUGCCUUAUGCAUGCAAACUCCUAUUUCAGGAGCUCCAAUCAAUGAACAUUGUCCCACGAUUAAAACUAGCAGAAGCAUGAUUAUGGUGUCAUUUGUAUCUGGAAUAUGAUUCUUCCUUCUAGAUAGUUGUCAUAGCCAAAUCAAUUUAGUUGUUUUAAGUUUCCUCUAAAAAGAAGUAAUUUUUACUAUUUCUAUAUAUACAUAUCUUGGCAGUGAUUAUCUCACAAACAGUGGUACUUAUGGUUUCUAUAUGAGCAAUGUGAGUGUUCUUUUUGCUGUGA